AUGGCUGCAGCCCCACAAGCACCAGGGCGGGGCUCCGUGCGGAAGACGAGACCUCUGCCUGUGAAGACGUCACUGAACAACCCGUACAGCAUCUGCUGGGGCGCCCUGGACAGGGAGGACAUGCACUUCAUACUGCAGACCCUGGAGGACAGAAUUCAGUCUCUCGGGCUUCAGAAGAUUGAGGAUAGGAAGAGAAAGAAAAAGCAGCCCCCUUUGAAAAAACAAAGCAGAGACAUGAGCAGCAUAGACGUGGACACUGGUGAGGAUCUGAAGAAAGAAAAGCCCAGAGGUGAUGCCCCGGUGUCAGGGUGGACCCCGGCUGAUGUCAGGAAGCAGCUUGCUAUCGGCAUCAACGAGGUCACCAGAGCGCUAGAGAGGAACGAGCUGCUCUUGGCCUUGGCGUGUAAGUCUGCCAAGCCAGCCAUCGUGACCUCACACCUGGUGCAGCUGAGUGUCAGCAGAGGUGUCCCUGCCUGCCAGGUGCCCCGGCUCAGCGAGAGGCUCGCACCUGUCCUGGGCUUAAAAUGCGUCCUGGCCUUGGGGUUCAAGAGGAACACUACUGCCUUUGGGGAGGAACUGAGGGCCAUCCUCCCCAGAGUCCCCCGUCUGAAUGUGGCAUGGCUCCAGGAUGCACUCGAAGACCCCAGGGAGAACCUGCAGACAGAAUCUUUGGAAAGCCAAGAUGAAGAGAUUCUGGACACUUCCUUUGAAGACCUCUCUAAACCCAAGAGAAAGCAUGCUGAGGGUCAGCAGGCUGUAGUGUUACAACCCCUGAAAAUAAAGAAACUGAUUCCAAACCCCAAUAAGAUAAGAAAACCACCCAAAAGUAAAAGAACGGCUUCAAAGUAA